UCCUUCCCCUCCUCCCCGCCCCGCCCCCCACCUCCUUCCUCCUAACCAAGGCUGCUAACUUGUUGUGCGGAGCGGCAGCGGCACCAUCCUGGCGGGCACCAUGGGCACGUCCGCGCGCUGGGCGCUCUGGCUACUGCUGGCGCUGAGCUGGGCACCCCAGGGAAGCGGCGCCACCGGAACAGGAAGAAGACCCAAAUGUGAAGGCUCGCAAUUCCAGUGUACCAAUGGUCGCUGUAUUACGCAGCUGUGGAAAUGUGAUGGGGAUGAAGACUGUGCCGAUGGCAGUGACGAGAAGAAUUGUGUCAAGAAGACAUGUGCAGAGUCGGACUUUGUGUGCAACAAUGGCCAGUGUGUCCCCAACAGAUGGCAGUGUGACGGGGACCCCGACUGUGAAGACGGCUCCGAUGAGAACCCGGAGCAGUGCCAUAUGAGAACAUGCCGCAUAAAUGAGAUCAGCUGUGGGACCCUUUCCACUCAGUGUGUCCCUGUGUCCUGGAGGUGUGAUGGUGAAAGUGAUUGUGACCGUGGAGAAGAUGAAGAAAAUUGUGGCAACGUGACGUGCAGCGCCGAGGAGUUCACCUGCUCCAGCGGCCGCUGCGUCUCCAGGAACUUUGUGUGCAAUGGGCAGGACGACUGCAGCGAUGGCAGCGAUGAGCUGGACUGCGCCCCGCCCACCUGCGGCCCCCACGAAUUCCAGUGCAGCUCGUCGUCCUGCAUCCCGCUCAGCUGGGUGUGCGACAACGACGCCGACUGUGCUGACCAGUCCGACGAGUCCCUGGAGCAGUGUGGCCGCCAGCCGGCCACUCACACGCGCUGCCCGGCCAGUGAGAUCCAGUGCGGCUCCGGCGAGUGCAUUCACAAGAAAUGGCGCUGUGACGGUGAUCCCGACUGCAAGGACGGUAGCGACGAGAUCAGCUGUCCUUCUCGAACCUGCCGGCCCGACCAGUUUGAGUGUGAAGAUGGCAGCUGUAUCCAUGGCAGCAGGCAGUGUGACGGAAUCCGAGACUGUGUGGACGGCUCCGAUGAAGUCAACUGCAAGAAUGUCAACCAGUGCUUGGGCCCUGGGAAGUUCAAAUGCCAGAGCGGAGAAUGCAUCGAGAUGGGCAAAGUGUGUGACCGACAACAGGACUGCAGGGACUGGAGUGAUGAGCCCCUGAAGGAAUGUCAUGUGAACGAGUGCUUGGUUAACAAUGGGGGUUGCUCACACAUCUGCAGAGACCUAGUGAUAGGUUACGAGUGUGAUUGCGCAGCAGGCUUUGAGCUGAUCGACAGGAAGACCUGUGGAGAUAUUGAUGAAUGCCAAAAUCCAGGAAUCUGCAGUCAAAUUUGUAUCAACUUAAAAGGCGGUUACAAGUGUGAAUGUAGUCGUGGUUAUCAGAUGGAUCUUGCUACUGGCGUGUGCAAGGCAGUAGGCAAAGAGCCCAGUCUGAUCUUCACUAAUCGAAGAGACAUCAGGAAGAUUGGCUUAGAGAGGAAAGAAUACAUCCAGCUAGUUGAACAGCUAAGAAACACUGUGGCUCUUGACGCUGACAUAGCUGCUCAGAAGUUGUUCUGGGCUGAUCUGAGCCAAAAGGCUAUAUUCAGUGCCUCAAUUGAUGACAAGGUUGGUAGACAUGUUAAAAUGAUCGAGAAUGUCUAUAAUCCUGCAGCCAUUGCUGUUGAUUGGGUGUACAAGACCAUCUACUGGACUGAUGCGGCUUCUAAGACUAUUUCAGUAGCUACCUUAGAUGGAACCAAGAGGAAGUUCCUGUUUAACUCAGACUUACGAGAGCCUGCCUCCAUCGCUGUGGAUCCCUUGUCUGGCUUUGUGUACUGGUCAGACUGGGGAGAGCCAGCUAAGAUAGAACAAGCAGGGAUGAACGGAUUUGACCGGCGGCCGCUAGUGACAAGGGACGUCCAGUGGCCCAACGGCAUUACCCUGGACCUUAUAAAAAGCCGCCUCUAUUGGCUUGAUUCCAAGUUGCACAUGCUAUCCAGCGUGGACUUGAAUGGCCAAGAUCGCCGGGUAGUGCUGAAGUCGCUGGAAUUCCUUGCUCACCCUCUGGCGUUAACAAUAUUUGAGGAUCGUGUCUACUGGAUAGAUGGGGAAAACGAAGCCGUCUAUGGUGCCAAUAAAUUCACCGGCUCGGAGCUAUCCACUCUGGUGAACAACCUGAAUGAUGCCCAAGACAUUAUUGUCUAUCAUGAACUAGUACAGCCAGCAGGUAAAAAUUGGUGUGAAGAAGACAUGGAGAAUGGAGGAUGUGAAUAUCUCUGCCUGCCAGCACCGCAGAUUAACGAUCAUUCUCCUAAAUUCACCUGCUCCUGCCCCAAUGGAUUCAACCUAGAGAACAAUGGCCGGAAAUGCCAAAGUCCUACAAGUGUUGUGGCUUACAGUGAGAUCAAAGAUUCCAGCACAACCAAAUGUCCACCAACUAGUGUCCUAGCUCCUGAAGGGGUCAAUGUGACCACCACCGUGUCAGAGGUCAGCGUCCCCCCCAAAGCGACGUCGGCUGCCUGGGCAGUUCUUCCUCUCUUGCUCUUAGCAAUGGCGGCAGUUGGUGGCUACUUGAUGUGGCAGAAUUGGCAACACAAGAACAUGAAGAGUAUGAACUUUGACAAUCCUGUGUACUUGAAGACCACCGAGGAAGACCUUUCCAUCGACAUUGGUAGACACAGUGCCUCUGUGGGCCACACAUACCCAGCAAUAUCAGUUGUGAGUACAGAUGAUGACCUGGCGUGACUCCUGGGAGCCAGUGGUGACCUUUGAGGUCUCAGUCUCCACUACCACACCUUGGAUGGUAACCGCGCCAGUAGCUGAAGUCUUCGUUCCUCCAGGCUGGGCGAACAUCAAGAUAUCUUGGCAUGGAUCAAGCUUGUGUCCUUGGCCGUUUUGAUACUGCUUUUAUAAAUAAUCUUGUCCACAUUUGACUUCAGCUACGGAUGAUGUUACCAACUUUCUGUAACCCUUGAAUUUCUAGACAGUAUUGCCAACCUCUGGCCAAAUAUGCACUUUUCCUAGAAAGCCAUAUUCCAGCGAUGAAAGUGUGUCAUAGUGUGUAUCACGUGUACAGACAUUGUACAGGCCACUUGUAAAUAUCCCAGAGAACAAUCACUAUUCUUAAGCACUUUGAAAAUAUUUCUAUGUAAAUUAUUGUAAACUUUUUUUUCAAUAGUUGGGACAAUGGCAAUAGGAGAAAACGGGUUACUCAGAUGAAAUUGCCAAAAAAAAAAAAAAAAAAAAAAAUUUGUAAGACUAAUUUUGUACGUAUGAAUGAAAUCUUUGACCUCCAAGGAGGUCUGCAGACUGAGUGUUCAAACUGCUGUACAUUUUUUUUUCAAGUGCUAAAAAAAUUAAACCAAGCAGCUUACCCAUG